CUUUUCGCGUUUCGGUCGUCAGCUUGCUCGUCUUGUCGUCGUCGCGGACUUUUCCCGUUUCGUGUCCUAAAAAGUGGCUUAAAAUUCGGAAAAAGUAUCCCAAGUUGUGAAUUUUCCUAAGCGAACAUGUUCCGCAGUUGAUUGUUGACAAAUUGUUCAUAAAUUAAAGCAAAAGUGAAGCGGAGAAGCUUUUUUAAUCUACGUUCUUCAGUGUGUUCAACAUUGUGAUUUUUCAUUUUGAUACCGAGAAAGAUAGCCCGGACAGAUGAUGUCCAACACAUCACAGUACCAUGGAAUGACGAAUGGCUAUCCCGCCGCCGCUAAUGGCCCUCAGCAGCAGCAUUAUCCACCCUCAUCACAACAGCAGGUUUUACCGCCACAACCUCAACAGUAUCCUACGAAAAAUGUCAUGAUGAAUGGUCCGUCACAAUCUCAAACGACGGUCACCGGUCAACAGCAGUAUGUAGUUCCGUCAGCAACUAGUGUAACAUCACCCUUACAAAACGGUCCUCCCUUACUACAGAAGCCUGUGUUUAAUACCCAGUUGCCCCAGCAAAACAGCCGAAUGACAAAUUUAAUCUCCAAUGGCAAUAGUGCUAACUCGUCACGAACGUCGUCACCGGCACUAGUUAACAGAAAUAUACCGGCGUCACAAUUGCCACCUGCAACUGGCAUCCGACCCGGUGGUUAUCCAACACCUUCUAGUCAAAGUCAGCCACUCAGUACUCCGUCGAGUACUAAUUAUAACUUGAGUGCCACAAGUAAUUGGACAAGUGGGAUCAAUACAACUUUGAUAAAUACACCCCCUAGGACUGUUUCGGGCCUCUCAACUCCACUAAAUGCAUCCACUCCCAAUUUGGUCCAAGUACCAACUAAUGGCCCGUCUAGCAACCUAACCACUAGCAUGCAAAAUUUGAACAUCAAUCGUCCUCCAUCGACACAACAGGUUAAUCAUAUAAAUGGUUCUGGAACUCCCCAACCGCCGGCGUCUAGCAAUAGCUACUACAACCAACAACAAGCACACACAACACAGCCCAACGGACAACAGUAUACAACAGCACCAUCUGUUGCUCCAUACGGCCAACAACAUCCACAAAUGAAUCAGCAAGGCCAACCAAUUAACGGAAAUUAUGUGCCCACUUCGCAGAUGGCCCCGCAGUCACAGCUACCAAGUGGCCCCCCUUUGGCUGCUCCAAUCGGGCAAGCAUACCCGGGAAUGCCUCCAUUAUCUUCCACAGCUCCUCCCACCUCAAUUAGUGCUGCAACAAAUAAGAGGCCGUUGUAUCCAUCCCAAAACAUGCCACCCAACAUACCACCCUCACAGGCCACUAAUUUCAACCCGAAUCAGCAGUCGAUGAGUGCUAGCACGUACCCUGUUCAGCAGCAACCGCACCAUCAGAUGAAUAAUUAUCAGCAGCAACAACAACAACCGCUGUCUUACGGUCCCAACAUGCAACAACAGCAUCCACAGUACCAGGAUCCUCAGAACAAUGUUGUGAAAAGCGGAUUUAAUCGACUUUGGGGGAAUAACACGGUAGAUUUGCUGCAAAAUCGACAUAUUCUUCCUGUUGGCAAAGUUCGGCCACCAACGAUCCAUCUCAAUCAUCCGUUCCAGGAAGCGAUAAACUGUAAUCCAGACCUUUUCCGAUGUACGUUAACAAAAAUACCAGAGUCAAAUCAGCUGCUACAGAAAUCGAGACUGCCACUUGGUGUGCUGAUACACCCAUUUAGGGAUCUGAAUAACCUGCCGGUAAUUUCAUGUAACACUAUUGUGCGCUGUAGGGCUUGCCGAACGUACAUCAAUCCGUUCGUGUUCUUCGUAGACAGUAAAAAGUGGAAGUGCAAUUUGUGCUACCGAGUGAACGAAUUACCUGAUGAGUUCCAGUAUGAUCCGGUGACGAAAACGUACGGUGAUCCAACUCGUCGACCAGAGAUCAAAUCCAGCACUAUUGAGUUUAUCGCUCCAUCGGAAUACAUGCUGCGACCGCCACAACCAGCAAUCUAUCUCUUUUUGUUGGACGUUUCGUCACUGGCGCAGCAGACCGGGUAUUUGCAUACUGUUUGCAAUACACUGAUCGAAAACCUGGAGAAUCUGCCUGGAGAUGCGCGAACACAGGUGGGCUUCGUUGCGUUCAACAGUGCGAUACACUUUUACAACAUUGCCGAGAGCUAUAAUCAGCCGCAUGAAGUAACUGUGUUGGAUGUAGAAGACGUAUUCCUGCCGUAUCCCGAUAACUUGCUGGUCAAUCUGAAGGAGUGCAAGGAAUUGAUCAAAGAUCUUUUGACGCAGUUGCCGAAACGAUUUGAGCAUACUCACGAUACUCAUAGCGCGCUGGGAGCAGCGCUUCAGGUGGCAUUGAAGUUGAUGCAGAGCGCUUCAGGUGGACGAGUAACAGUGUUCCAGUGCUGUCUACCAAAUUACGGACCAGGAGCACUGCAGUCAAGAGAGGAUCCGAACAAUCGGUCAUCCAAGGACGUAGCUCACCUCGGGCCGGCAACCGACUUCUACAAACGACUGGCGCUGGAUUGUUCCGCGCAACAGAUUGCUGUUGAUUUGUUUUUGUUGAAUAGUCAAUACUGUGAUCUAGCUACAAUUUCUGGAAUCAGUAAAUUCAGUGGCGGAUGCAUGCACCACAUCCCGUUGUACAGUGAAUCGAAACCCCAGCUGGUUAAAACAUUGCAAAAGUGUUUCGAACGCUACCUCACGCGAAAGAUCGGGUUCGAGGCUGUCAUGCGAGUACGAUGUACCCGAGGGUUGGCCAUUCACACAUUCCACGGUAACUUCUUCGUACGGUCAACAGAUUUGCUGUCGCUACCCAAUGUCAAUCCCGAUGCAGGUUUCGGAAUGCAGAUUACAUACGAAGAAAGUUUGGCCGAAUGCAAAACGGUGUGCUUCCAAGCGGCUCUGCUGUAUACAAGCAGUAAGGCAGAGCGAAGAAUUCGUGUCCACACGCUUUGCAUACCGGUCACAGCUAGUCUGUCGGAGAUUCUGUACUCGGCUGACUCACAGUGCAUCGUUGGUCUACUUGCCAAGAUGGCCGUUGAUCGAUCACUAAGUUCCAGCCUGUCCGAUGCCAGAGAUGCCUUUAUCAAUGCAACCGUGGAUAUUUUCAGUGCUUUCAAAAUUGCGCAAAAUCUACCACAGAACUCCGGUACCAUCGUGGCACCGGAGAAUCUUUCGCUUUUGCCGUUGUACAUUUUGGCGCUGAUGAAACAUACUGCUUUCCGGGUCGGAACAAGCACUCGUCUGGAUGACCGAGUGUUUGCGAUGAGUGAAAUGAAAACGAUGCCACUGGAUCAAUUGAUUAGAUACAUUUACCCGGAUUUCUACAUCCUCGAUAGUCUGUUCCACAGUGCGACACGGGAGGGCAGUAAUGGUGAAGCGCAGCUUGUCGAACCGCCCCGAUUACAGCUGUCCGCAGAGAAGUUCGAUUCACGCUCCAUGUUCCUACUGGACUGCGGUCCUCACAUGUUCGUUUACGUAGGAUCGAACGUUUCACCCGAUAUUCUAAACGAUGUUCUCGGAAUCAAUUCCGUUCCGGAGAUUCCGGACUUUUGCAUCGAGCUGCCCAGUCGGGAAACGCCAGCCAGUGAAGCACUGUUUGCAUUUAUCGAUAGCAUCAACGAAGAGAAGCCGUACUCUACCUACAUACAGGUUAUCAGGGACACAAGUCAAUUCCGUUCGCUGUUCGUAGAGAAAUUUGUUGACGAUAGAAAUCAGAGUUCGGUGUCCUACUACGAGUUUCUGCAGCAUCUUAGGACGCAGGUCAAGUAGAAUAAAUAAUAUACUAAGAACGGGAAGUAGUCGAAUGUUUUCGAGAAAGAGACAUACCUGUACAUACGUUGAUAUACAACCGAUGCAUUAUUAUCAAUGGAACGAAUCGGGCGUUAGUUUUAUGCAAUCGCGGAAACAGGGCAAGAUAAUGUGGGCAAGAUAUCGUGUAUAUGAAAUAUAAUGUGAGAAUAAUAAAAUCUAGAUAAUCAAUGGUUGAAAGUGUAGAGUAUAAAUACAAGAAUUAUAAUAUAUGAAAAGCAAAACUUUAGUAGUUUAGGUAAGCUGCAAAUUACAUUGAUUCUUUUUGGACGAUUUUCGACGAUAUAAAAUAGGACAAUGGCGUGAUGGCGAUAGAAAUUAAAUACUUAUAUAAAAUUGUAAAAAUAGAUCCCCAUAUAAUCGCAGCGGUGUAAGCCACAACAUACUUUUUCGAUUCGUUGGCAUGUACCGAUAAUAGUUAUUUCUACAACAUAAUAGAAAUCUGUAGUGAAACAAAGAAGUGAUUUUAAGAAGCAAAACGCGGUUUUUACUCGGCACUGUUAUUAAAACGAAAUGGAAACACCCGUAUAAUGCAAUUAUCUAUAGAAAAACUAGACUAAACGUGACUAUAUUUUUUUCGUGGUCAGUUAGUUUGAACCGCUCCUAUUCAGCUUGAAUUGGUGCGUGAUUACUCCCGUUUCGAAAAGGCAUCUCAAAAAUUAUUUUAGUUUGAUUUAUUUUGUUUGCUUAUGGUUAUUCCAGGUUUUGUUAUUUUAGUGAUGAGGUAUUCAGCAAGAUGUAUAAAGUUAUUUAGCUAUCGUUCAAUGCCGAAUCACGUUUAUAUGUAUCAUGUUUAUCCAAACAACAUACUUCAGAGGAAGGAGAAAGUCAUGUGGAAUAUUAAAAAUGUAUCCAGGUGAAACUCUAUUUCUGUUUAGGUUAGCUCCCAGUUAUGUAAAUGUCAAAAACUCAUCAUUGACAUAGUGACCUAAGCCAUUCUGAAUUGCAUAUUAGUGUUUUGUUACACACUGUUUCGUAGCCCAUCCUUCCAUUUUCCAAUUGAUGCUAACAUAUGGUUUCUACUUACCAACGCUUUGUGUUAUACACAUUAGUUCAGGUUUUAUCUGUUUACCUAUCGAGUUAUAAGCUCUAAUAUUUGUUGCUCAAACACUCUAAUUAUCAAUCAUAUUUACGUUUAUGCAAUACGCUUUCUAAAGUUUGAUUCAACUUUGUAUAGUUAGACUGCUUCUAUAGAUGCUGAUUGUUUCUUAAUAAGAUGAUCGCGGAGAGAAAACCUAGUCGUUCCAUAUCCGCAUAGUUCAGAGCAAAGAAACAAAUGUCUAAGCGGGGAACGAACAACAUCAAGCAUGCCAUUUGUUUGACGAGACAGGAUGUGUGGAUGAAAUGAAACGAGAAGUAUUUGGUGUAUGUAUGUUGCUAAUUAUAAUCAAAUCUUAUGCAGAUAUAAGUUUCCGGAAAUAAUAAAAGAAAUAUGACCUCAUACAGAAAAUAA